CUGUACAAGAUUCAAUAACUCUCGGAAGCGAAAAAAUAAUAAUGAUCUCGCAAAUCAUUAUGCUAUUAACUCUCAAUGCACUGCCAUUUGUGCUGGUCAAUUGUGGGGGUAAGAAGAAGCCAGCGCCUCCGCCAAAAGCCGCCGCUAAGCCUAUGGCAGCGCCCGCUGGAGGAGCUGGUGGAGCUGGUGGAGCUGGUGGAGCCGGAAAAAGCGACUCAUUCGAUUCGAAGAAACAGGACAUUCCAUCGUCAAAAAAGGAAGAGCCAGUGGCUCCAAAGAAAGAGGAUGAGGGCAACUACGAGGAGCUCGCCAUCCCACAAUAGCUCUCCAUGUUCAAUUGAUGAUAAUAAAGUUUUUGAAAUGUCCCG